CGCUCGAAGAAUCUUGUCCUAGUGAAGAUGAAUCCUGUCAAAUCGCUAACAACAGCCGCCUCCAAUAGGUCAGAGAUCAGAGCCAUAGAUGGAAGAGCUGCUGCCAACGACGUUGAGCUAUUGGCUCAGAUUGGAUACAAGCAAGAGUUGAAUAGAAAGUACUCCACCCUCCAAGUAUGUGGUAUUGCUGUCAGUAUCAUGGGGUUGAUACCUAGUGUAUCUUCAACCUUAAGUAUAGGUCUCGAAUCGGGAGCAUCUGGGUUUGUCUGGGGUUGGUUCUGUGCUGGUUUCUUUAUUUUAUGUACAGCUACCUCCCUUACUAUUCUUGGAUCUGCUAUUCCAACUAGUGGUGGCCUUUAUUACUACACAAAUUACUAUGCCCCAAGUAGCAUCGGUGUUCCCUUGAGUUUCCUUAUAGGAUGUGCCAAUUCUGUUGGUCUCUGUGGUGCUAUCUGUUCUAUCGGAUACGGAUUCGCAUCUGAAUUGUUGUCAGCCGUUUUCAUCAGUUACGAUGGUGAUUUUACAGUCACAAAUUCUAGAAUCUAUGGAGUUUUCGCAGCCAGUGUUGUCACAACAUUACUUAUCUGCUCCCUUACAACUCAGCAUGUAGCCAAGUUACAAACAAUCUCCAUCAUUACCAAUAUUUUCCUCUUGGUGUUGUUCUUUAUUUCAGUCCCAAUUGGUGUAUCCAAGAAUAGUGCAUUCAAUGACGGUCACUUCAUUUUUGGAAAACUUGAAAACUUUUUGACAUGGGAUCAAGGUUGGACAUUUAUGCUCUGUUGGGUGCCUGCCAUUUGGUCUAUUGGUGCUUUUGAUGCCGUGAUUCACUGUUCUGAAGAGGCAAAAGAUGCCCAAAGAGCAAUUCCAUUCGGAAUAUUGUACAGUACAUUUUUUUCAUUAAUUGGUGGUUGGGCAGUUUGCAUUUUGACAGUUGCAUGCAUUAAGGAUGGUGACACACUGAGAGUAUUGGAAACUAAGAGUGGUAAUCCCAUGGCACAGAUCAUAUAUGAUGCUUUAGGGAAAAAAUGGGCUGUUGCAUUUAUGGCCCUAAUUUGCGUUGGUCAAUACUUGAUGCUUUGUUCCAUCCUGAUUGCUGCUUCCAGACAAAUUUGGGCUUUCGCAAGAGAUGAUGGGUUGCCGCUCCAUAGUUACAUCAAGUAUGUCAACCCCAGAGUUAAGGUGCCUGUUAGGGCAACCUUCUUUGCUGGUGUAUGUGCACUUCUUCUUGGACUACUUACCUUAAUUCCUGGCUCUGCUGGUUCAGGUGCCUUGUUCUCAUUGGGUGUUGCCUCGACCAUGCUUGCCUGGUGUGUACCUAUUCUCAUGGCCUUUCUUCCAACUGGUAGGAGCAGAUUCAAACCUGGUAAAUUUAGUUUGGGCUUUUAUGGAAACAACACAGUUCACUUCAUUGCCAUAUGUUGGCUUACUUAUGUGAUCGUAAUGUCCAUGUUUCCAAACUCGAAAAAGGUGGAUAAAGAAUCAAUGAAUUAUACUGUGGUUAUUAAUAUGGGAGUUUGGACCUUGUCAAUUAUCUAUUAUUUUGUAUAUGCUCAUAAAACCUACCAUGGUCCAAGAUCAAAUCUUGACGAAGGAGACCAGGUUCAAAUCAUUCAUGAUCAGACGGAAAAUAGCUUAGAAAAAACAAGUCUGCAUGAAACCAAGUAA